GAUAUUCUCGCCGCAGUUCCUAAAUUGAAAAAUCUGUCAACUCUUCAUGUUCAUUUUCAGACUUAUGAGGUGGAUCCGUUGCUUGAUGAUGAGCUAAAGAAAAUCGCUGAAGCUUGUCCAUCACUUUAUUAUAUUAAAUGGCAUUUGCAAGAUCAUUACCCUAAAAAGUCUUCAAAUGCCGAAGAUGCAACAAAAGCAGAAGAGACAGACGGGCUAGAAGCUUUGCGAGCUAUGCUUCCAACUUCUUUUGGAUUUAAAAAGAACACAAAAGUUUCAACUGAGGCUUUCGCUAAAACACGACGAAAAGAAGAAAAGGCUAAA